GAAGAAAUGACUAGUAAAAUGUUUUCAGGAAAAGUUUUUUUAUUGGUAACUGGAGCGAGUCAAGGUAUUGGUAGGAAAAUUGCUGAAAUUUUUGCUUCGACUUUAGAAAUUGACUCGCAAGUUCUUCUAUUAGCUAGAAAUUUAGAAAAUUUAAAAGAAAUAUCCAACCAAUUAUCAAAACAUUUAACUGUUAAUGUUGAAAGUGUAGAUUUAAGCAAAGCUACUGCAAAGGAGUUAAAAGAUAUUAUUGUUAAUUCUUUGGGCAGCAAGAAAGCAAAUCAAUUUAACGAAGUAGUAAUUGUACACAAUGUAGGAUCCGUGGGAAACGUUUCGCAGUCAACAGUCGAAAUGACUAAUUAUGAUCUUUGGACAGAGUAUUACAAUUUAAAUGUGUUUGGCCCAGCUGUAUUAAAUGGAAUUUUCAUGGAAUUAUUUCAAGAGGAAACUAUUAAAAAGCAUGUUAUUAACAUUACUUCUUUGUGUGGAAUACAGCCAUUCAAAUCUCUUGGGUAUUAUUGCAGCGGUAAAGCAGCGAGGGAAAUGUAUUUUAAGGUUUUUGCAGAAGAACAUCCCAAUGUGAAUGUUUUGAAUUAUUCGCCUGGGCCAGUUGAAACAAAAAUGUUUCAAACAAUAAUCGAAGAUGUUGGUGAUGUAGAAUUGAAGACCCAAUUCCAAAAUAAACGAAAAAAUAAUCAAGUCUUAACCACGGAUCAAACUACAAAACGUCUCGUAGAAGUUCUUUCAAAAAAGAACUACAAGUCUGGCGAUCACGUGGAUUAUCGUGAUGAAUUAUAACUUUAUAAUUUAUAAUAAAAAUUUAAUACAAGUUAAAUAUUAAAUAAAUUUU